AUGAGUUCAUCAGCAGAGAAAGCGACCAGCAAAAACCCAGUGAGACCUCAUGAUGAACGUAAGGAGAGUAUCAUUGGAGAACAGCUGGAACAACAUCAGUCUACCCACACUGUAGAAAAUCCACAAUCAGGUGACCAGUGUAAGAAGAGUUUCAGACUAUAUAUCGAUCUGGAGGCCCACCGGAGAAUCCCCACUGGAGAACAUCCUUACUCCUGUGACCUCUGUGAGAAAAAGUUAAAAAAUGUUAGCAAUUUGAAGGUCCACCAGCGCAUCCACACCGGAGAGAGGCCUUACAUCUGUGACCAGUGUGAGAAGAGUUUCAGUAUCUCAAGCAAUUUGAAGGUCCACCAGCGCAUCCACACCGGAGAGAGGCCUUACAUCUGUGACCAGUGUGAGAAGAGUUUCAGUAACUCAAGCAAUUUGAAGGUCCACCAGCGCAUCCACACCGGAGAGAGGCCUUACAUCUGUGACCAGUGUGAGAAGAGUUUCAGUAACUCAAGCCAUUUGAAGGUCCACCAGCGCAUCCACACUGGAGAAAAGCCUUACAUAUGUGACCAGUGUGAGAAGGGUUUCAGUAACUCAAGCCAUUUGAAGGUCCACCAGCGCAUCCACACUGGAGAAAAGCCUUACAUAUGUGACCAGUGUGAGAAGGGUUUCAGUAACUCAAGCCAUUUGAAGGUCCACCAGCGCAUCCACACUGGAGAAAAGCCUUACAUAUGUGACCUCUGUGAGAAAAAGUUUCAAAAUGUUAGCUAUUUGAAGAUCCACCAGCGUACCCACACUGGAGAAAAGCCUUACAUCUGUGACCAGUGUGAGAAGGGUUUUAGGCAAAAAAGACAUUUGAAGGUCCACCAGCGUAUCCACACUGGAGAAAAGCCUUGCAUCUGUGACCAGUGUGACAAGGGUUUUAGGCAAAUAAGCCAUUUGAAGGUCCACCAGCGUAUCCACACUGGAGAAAAGCCUUACAUCUGUGACCAGUGUGACAAGAGAUUCAGUAACUCAAGCAAUUUGAAGGACCACCAGCGUAUCCACAUCGGAGAGAAGCCUUACACCUGUGACCAGUGUGAGAAGAGUUUCAGAGAAUCAGAACACUUAUUGACCAGUGUAUCGCACAUUGGCGUAAAACCUUCACCAGUGCAUUGAGACUUUAGAAACAGUGAUGUGGACUUUUUGACACAGCUUGCUGUUAAAAGAUGUUGUUUAGAUUUUAAGAGUUGUCAUGAAGUGUUCUCAA